CUUCCCACAAUAUUGACAUUAUUUUAUUCCUUACCUAUUCGGCUUCAACUUUUUCAACUUUAUUGCAACUGGUCUUCAAGUCCUUGAAAUAUCCAGUGGCACGCUAAGAGGUCACUCGGGAGGCAAUCAUUUCAAAACUUUUCAUCGCAUUAAAAAUAUCAUACGAUGGGUGCUUCCAAAGCCGAUAAGGAGCUCUACUUUCAAAAACUCAAGGAUCUCUUGCAAAAAUAUCCUUCCCUCUUCAUCGUGAACGUGGACAAUGUCGGAUCUAACCAGAUGCACCAAAUUCGUGUCGCUCUCCGUGGUAAAGGUGUUGUUCUCAUGGGAAAGAACACCAUGGUUCGCCGUGCACUGCGCUCUAUCCUUUCCGAAUACCCUCAGUAUGAGAGGUUGCUUCCCCACGUGAAGGGCAACAUUGGUUUUGUCUUCACCAGCGGAGAUCUCAAGGAGAUUCGCGAGGUCAUACUCUCCAACAAAGUCGCCGCUCCUGCUCGUGCUGGUGCCUUUGCUCCCAAAGAUGUGACUGUCCCUGCUGGCAACACCGGUAUGGAACCCGGCAAGACCUCCUUCUUCCAGGCUUUGGGUAUUCCUACCAAAAUUGCUCGAGGUACCAUUGAAAUCGUUUCGGAUGUCAAGGUCGUCACUGCUGGUACCCGUGUCGGAUCAUCCGAAGCUACUCUUUUGAACAUGCUCAAUAUUUCUCCCUUUACCUAUGGAAUGACCGUUGUCCAGAUCUUUGACUCUGGUAACAGUUUCUCUCCGGACGUUCUCGACGUUGACGAAUCCGAGCUCAUUGACCGUUUCCUAACGGGCAUCAAGACCAUUGCUGCGAUUUCCUUGGCUAUUAAUUACCCAACCAUCGUUUCGGUUAUGCAUACCCUUGUCAACUCAUAUAAGAACCUCAUCGCUGUAUCACUUGCCACCGACUACACCUUUGAGGGCUCAGCCAAGGUUAAGGAAUACCUCGAGAACCCGGAUGCCUUCGCAGUUGCCGCUCCUGUAGCUGAUGCUUCUUCCGCCCCUGCUGCUGAAGCUGCUGUUGAGGAAACCAAAGCUGAAGAAGCUGAAGAAUCUGAUGACGAUAUGGGCUUUGGUCUGUUUGAUUGAGCUAGGGAAGUCGCAUUUUGUGUAUGUAGCGUCAGUAGUAUUCGUACCAUACCCAUCGCACAAUGAUGAAUUUUUUCUGAUAUUGUCA